GCCAUUCGCUCCGAUAAUAUCGAUUGAAAAACUAUCAACCGAUAACACUUUUUACAAUAAAGUAUCGAUGCUGAAAUCGAUUGCUUGCCACCUCUAUGAUUCCUUCAUUCAAUCCAAACAAUGAGAAUCGGGAUUGAAAAACAAAUGUGUUAGAACCGAUUUGCAAGCAAACAAUGUACAAAAGUAAACACGUGCGAAAACCAUUGUUUUGAUUGAUUUUGUUUUUCUUUGCUGAACACGUUCCGUCAGCCCACAAUAUGACCAAUUCUACCCAAGUCAACCACAGUUACAAGGAUAAUGCAUGUGAACUGGAACUGCAUGUUAGGAAGGCGAAAGGACAAGUGUCCGAAGGUCAUACUGGCAGAUUUGUGGAGAAUAUUCGAAAUUGUGACAUCUUCAUAGAGGACUAUCACGUACUUAUCUAUUUAGAUGUCCAGCUAUAUAAGUUUCGUUCCACUCGUCGUUUUGAUUUGAAAGAUUUGAAAAAUAUUUGUUUUGCCUUCAAUUCUAAAGACAAUGUGCUCCAAGUUUCCCUUCCAUGUUUACCACAUAACGAGGAGGAACAUCCGGAGAAAAACUCCCAAGAAAACAAAACCAAAACUGCGGAGCGUCCCUUAGAUUUGUGGAAAUUGAAGAGAAUCACUGAUAAUUGCCUGCUUAAAAUUGACGAUAACGCCGAGCUACUGAGACCUGAAGCUUCUUAUGGCUAUGGAUUUGCGAGUAAAUUCCGUGGUAGAAUUAAAACUUUUGACUGUGAUUUAGAUGCAAUUACUCGCAUGCCGGAACCGGAUAGAAUAAGCCCAUUGCAACGCCUAAUAGAUCGAGAUAUUGACGAAAUGAAAAACUUUUGUCGUGAUCAGUACAAAUUGAAUUUUGUGGAGCUACAAGUUCCUGAUGGUCUGGACAAUCCCAUGCAUUACACUUAUAAUUUUAAAGAUGCUACGCUCGACCGCGAUGAAGAAUAUUUAUUACACAACCUGACGGCUAAGCCAGAACAAAUGCAAAUGCCAGAUCAAUAUGACCCCAUGGAAGUUGAUUGUGGUCUCAUAAGUAUAUUGCUGGCCAUAUGUUAUGAUGUCAGAUUUACAUCAAAUGAGCCCAACUGUGAAUCCGCCUGGACUCGUAGCAUACUAUCGGCCACGUUGACAUAUUUCGAACCCUUCAUAUCUCUCAAAGAUGUUGCUAUCAGUUUCAUGAGACGUUCCCUAAUCUAUCCUUUAUAUCGAAACUACGAACUGAGUAGGCAAUGUGUUGAAGAUUGCAUUGCGGCAUUGCAAAAUAAUUCCCAGUGGAUUCUCAAACAACUUCUUAUUACGCACGAUUGUUUCAGUCUCAAUGAACGUGCUGUAUUCAAUCAUUAUUACAUUGAAGACUACAUUCGAUAUGUUGCAAAUCAAAACAUUUGCUCAAACUCACAUUUACAAAUGUUGGCACAUAAUUUAAAAAAUGUUUUAUUCGAUGUUUUCAAAAAGGAUCUGGGCUUGGGACUGCAAGAACUUGAAACGGAACUUUUAAAGGAACUAAUAACGGAUAUUCACAUUGCUGCCAGUUCGACAAGUGAGGAUGAAUCGGUUGAAACUGAAACGGAUUCUUCAAGCACAUCGUCUGAUAGCAGUGACGAUAGUGACAGUGAUGGUGAUAGUGUGAUAGAACAGAAAAUGGAGAGUUUGAAAUUGUAGAAUAUAUCUUAAGUAAG